GUGAUCAAAUGACUCAUGUCCUUGUUCUGUUUAUUACAGGCAGACCAGCUGACAGAGGAACAGAUUGCUGAAUUCAAAGAGGCAUUCAGUCUCUUCGACAAAGACGGCGAUGGCACCAUCACAACCAAAGAGUUGGGAACCGUCAUGAGGUCACUAGGUCAGAACCCAACAGAGGCAGAGUUGCAAGACAUGAUCAACGAAGUAGAUGCUGAUGGAAACGGAACAAUAGAUUUCCCAGAAUUCCUCACAAUGAUGGCGCGGAAGAUGAAAGAUACGGAUACCGAAGAGGAACUAAGAGAAGCAUUCCGAGUGUUCGACAAGGACGGCAACGGUUUCAUCAGUGCAGCUGAGUUGAGGCAUGUCAUGACAAACUUGGGCGAGAAAUUGACGGACGAGGAAGUAGAUGAAAUGAUCAGGGAAGCAGAUAUUGAUGGUGACGGACAAGUAAAUUAUGAAGAAUUCGUAAAGAUGAUGACAGCGAAGUGAGAGGCUACAGUAUCACGUGACCACCUGUACAGCAAUAUUGUCCAUCGCCCUGUGCUCGGUCUGCAAGCUGUCAUGAUUGACAUCAAUGACGUCAUGGAUAUCUGACCAAUCAAGAACGCUUGAUUAAUCGAAAAAUAAUAUGCUUUUACAUUGUAAAUAUCCCAUACUUGUGUAUAUUUUGAUAAUGAUUAUUUAUCUUCCCUCCUCUACGUUUUUUCUUAAUCUGAUUCUCAAUUAUACUAAUAUCAUUAGUUAAGCCUCUAUGCAUUUGUACAACUAAACGUUUUCUCGUAUCGAAUUCUAUGCAUCGAUAUGUUUCAUUACUACUCUUGAAUUUAAUCACUCUACAUCGAUCUCUUCCUGUUGUCAUUGCUGUAAUAAACUCUUUUCAUUA